AUGUCUUCUUGCUGUGGUUCAGUCGGUCUACUGGUUCUACUGGGAGUUGCUUUGGCGUUUGGGAGACCUGCCGAUCACGUCCCUGAGGAGCUGAAACAACCCCACACGUUAAUCGCAAAUGUGCUGAGGUUGAUGGAGCCGGAGAUCGGCAGGGCUCCUCUCUUCAGUCAUGUCACCAGGAGCAUCAACACCUCUUGCCAGAGAAAAGUAGAUAUACAGGUGAUGAAUGUCACUCUGGACAUCUACACGCGCAUCUUCUCCAGCAUCCUGAAGCACAGCCACAAUGACGACGACGGGAAGCCGGUUCUGCUGGCCAGUGUGCCUGUUACUGAAAAGCAGGGGCUGCAAAAGGCUCUGAACAAGCUCAAGCACAACAUGGAGCAGCUGAAGAGCGAACUGGGCCACCUGAACCAAAACAAAGAGGAUGUGCUGAGCGAGCUGUACAAAAUAGAUGUGGACGAUCCCGAGGUUCAGAAAAAGGCUCUGGCUGAGUACAAAGAGAUCUACCAGGAAGCAGCUGUGAUCUCCCACAGAUGUAAACCCGCCCACUCUUCUUCUGCUGAAUGA